AUGAGUACCACGGCAGUCACUCUCUUCGCAGGACCAGGGACACUGCACUGUGCUCCUCCACUCCGUAACGGCAACGGAAACAUCCUCUUCCGCUACGUCGUCGACGGCACAAUUCGCACCCUCUCAAACACCAACUCUCCGAACAAAGAAUCCUUCAAGGGCCUCUUGUACGUACCCAGUAUCAGCGAUGCCGCCUGCAACAAUCUCACAGCACCCUACAUCCCCCUCAACGCAACCCGGCGCAUCGAUUUACCUGCUGACAGUCACGACACAAUUGGUCUCGCGCCAUGGGUGAGCCGCGAGUGCACACGCGCCUACCUCUCCGCAUCACGGCAAGAUGACGUCCAGGCCCUAAUAUUUUACCAACCCGAAAGCCGGGAUUCCGGCAAACCGGCACCCUCAGACAGUCCGAUCUGGGAUUUGGGGGAUGCCGGGCAAUGGAAGAAAGAGAAUGAUUACUCCGUAUAUGCCAUCCCAGGCACAGCGGGGACGAAUUUGAUGCACCAGCUUGAGCAGUAUGGUGGGCAUGGAAAUGGGAGUGAUGCACAGACUAUAGCGGAGUGCGCGAGGUUAUACGCUCUGGUGGACUUGGAACCAGACCAAUCCUCCAACGCACCCGGUAUAUGGGUCUUUAUCCUCGCCAUCAUGGGUGCGAUAGUGCUCAUGGUGGUUUUUGCAUUCAUCACUUUACGACAUGUGCAGAGGAAAAGGAGAGAGUCGUUGCAGCGACGGCUUGUGUCCGGGGAGGUGGAUUUGGAGUACCUGGGGAUUAAACGGCUUGUUGUGCCGCCGCAUAUUCUGUCCGCGUUGCCGGUUUAUGUAUAUCCAGGACAGGAGAGUGAGCAGGCGGAAGCGUUGAAAGAGAAGGGGACGCCCGAGAAUGCAAGCGAAGAGUCGAAUGAUACAGAAGUCAAAGUUACUGAGACAGAAAUCGACAGCACCAACAAACCCUCUUCGUCAACCCUCACCCUAGUCGCCGACCAGCAAGACGAGACCCUCUCCUCCAUCCUCUCCGAAAUACUUCCCUCAGCGACCGCACCAACCCACCGCGCCGUGGGAAAACGUCGGCGACCAGUCUCCAGCCAAACCUUAACUCUGACCUUCUCUCAACACACCUGCGCCAUCUGCCUCGACGACUUCGUCGCCGGAAACUCACUCAUUCGCGAACUGCCGUGUACACACAUCUUCCAUCCAGAGUGUAUUGACACAUUCCUCGCGCGGGACGGUAGUACAUGUCCCGUUUGUAAACAUAGUGUAUUACCAGAGUCGUUUGUGGAGGAGCAGAUCGGUGCGUUGUUGGUGCGGAGGGCGGAGAGAAGUAGGAGGAGGAGGUUGAGGCGCAGACAUCGCCAUCACCACCAUGGUCGUGGUCGUGAGCGGAUCUAUGUGGGGAGUCCGGUGUAUGAGAAUCAGGAUGUACCAUUUUCGCCGUCUUCAACGUCUUCAUCGGGGGCAGGCAUUAUGGAUAGAUUCCGUGCUUGGUUGGCGAGGGAUUAUGAUGACGAGCGAAGCCCAGGUUAUCAUCAAGAUGAGGAGCCGUUUGGAUCAUUAGAGGCAAAUUCGCAUCUUCAGAGACCGGCACCGGCAGGAAUUGCGGAUACAAACAGACGAUCGGAAGAGAGCUAUGACCCCGAGAGAAGGGAGAUGAUGCAGAGGAGGGCCAUGAUGUUGUUGGGUACACCUGUCGAUCAUCGAACUGUUCCAUCGUCAAAUGCAUCAUAG